AUGAGUCUUGGGUGGUGGAGACUUGUUGCUGCUGCCUUUGCUGGAUUUCUCUUCUUUCAUGGCUUUUCUGCUUCUGAAAAAGCUCCAAACUACUCCUUCAUGCAAAAUGCAACAUCAGCUCCAACCUUAUCAUAUUACGACUACAUUAUUGUCGGUGGUGGGACGGCCGGAUGCCCCUUAGCUGCCACUUUAUCUCAAAAUGCCACCGUCUUGCUCCUUGAACGAGGUGGCUCCCCCUAUAGUAACUCCAACAUCACCAGCAUGGCCAGCUUCGGUGCUGCCCUCUCCGACAUUUCCAGGUCGUCCCCAUCACAACGGUUCAUCUCUGAAGAUGGCGUUAUUAAUGCACGCGCGCGCGUUUUGGGUGGCGGAAGUUGUAUCAAUGCAGGGUUUUACACACGCGCUGCCCCUGAAUAUGUCAGGCAUGUGGGUUGGGAUGGACAAUUAGUGAAUGAAUCAUACCAAUGGGUGGAGAAAUUAGUGGCAUUUGAGCCACCAUUGGGGAUGUGGCAGUCAGCCGUGAGGGAUGGUCUGGUGGAAGCUGGGGUGGUGCCAUUCAAUGGGUUCACUUACGACCAUACUUAUGGGACCAAAGUUGGUGGAACAAUAUUCGAUCAACAAGGGAAUAGGCACACAGCUGCUGAUUUAUUGGACUAUGCUAACCCCAGUGGGCUCACUGUCCUUUUGCACGCUUCUGUUCACAAAAUCUUGUUUGCAAUAAAAGGGAAAGGAAGACGGAAGGCCCAUGGAGUGAGUUUCAGGGACGCAACAGGGGCCAAGCACAAAGCAUAUCUUAAAGAAGGAUCCAAAAACGAGAUAAUUAUAUCCGCUGGAGCAUUGGGAAGCCCACAGCUGCUGAUGUUAAGUGGCGUGGGGCCUGCAGCCCAUCUCAAGGCCCAUAACAUCACCUUGGUGCUAGACCAACCCCAGGUUGGACAAGGCAUGUCUGAUAACCCCAUGAAUGCUGUUUUUAUCCCAUCUCCUCUUCCAGUAGAGGUUUCACUUAUCCAGGUCGUUGGUAUAACCGAUUUUGGAAGCUACAUUGAAGCCGCCAGUGGCGAAAACUUUGCUGGUGGUGCUUCUUCUCCAAGAGAUUAUGUGAAGUUCUCACCUCAGAUUGGUCAGCUAUCUACGGUGCCACCAAAACAAAGGACCCAAGAAGCCAUAGGCAAAGCUGUUGAAUACAUGAAUAAUCUUGAAGAGGCAGCUUUUAGAGGUGGAUUUAUCCUAGAAAAAGUUAUGGGUCCGAUUUCAACAGGCCAUUUGGAGCUUCGAACCCGUAACCCAAACGACAAUCCAUCCGUUACAUUCAAUUAUUUCAAGGAUCCUCGAGACCUACAAAGAUGUGUCCAAGGAAUUCAAACCAUAAAGAAAAUUAUUGAAUCAAAGUCUUUCUCUAAAUUCAGAUAUGACUAUUUGUCUUGGCCAAUACUUCUCAAUAUGACAGCAAGUGCCCCACUAAAUUUGUUGCCUAAACAUUACAAUCCCUCAAUGCCACUGGAAGAGUUUUGCAAGGGCACUGUGAUGACCAUAUGGCACUACCAUGGAGGCUGCCAGGUUGGUAAAGUUGUUGAUCUUGACCACAAGUUACUUGGUGUGGAUGCUCUAAGGGUUAUCGAUGGAUCCACGUUCAACUACUCGCCUGGGACUAAUCCUCAGGCCACUGUCAUGAUGCUUGGAAGGUACAUGGGUGUGAAGAUAUUGAGUGAAAGACUAGCCAAUUAAGAUCCCACGUGAUUGAUGAUGGUUUAAUUUCCUUACUUUGAUUAAGAAAUGGUGUUUUUGAUUAGUUCUACUUCUUAUUACGCUUGUGUGGUCCAGAAUGUGAGGUUUAAACCAUUUGUCAAUAGUCGCAUUUAUGAAUGGCUGACAUUGAGAAAUGUUAGUAGUAUGUUUUUGUUGUGCAAUUGUUUUCCCUUGUUGUAAUUUGGUUUAGUGAUCGAUAGAACGUACAUCAAGAUGUAUAAGAGCAAGAGAACAUAUAUGAAAAACGAAAUAAGCUCAGUGAUCAUAUAAAAAAUUCACAGGUCCAGAGUACUAAAUAUCCCUGUGUAAAAGCAAUCACAUUGCUUUGACAAAUUCUCUGGUUUUAUCUGGGAUUUUGAUGUAUCAGUAUGCAAGGACACCCCUCAUCCGUAAAACAAUAAAUAAAUAAAUAAAUGUUAUUCUCCCUGUCCAGAUUGCAGAGAAUAUUUAGUCGCUACCAGCUGUUAGUAUAUAAUCCUUGUAAAGAAGCAAUGAUUUUGACUUGGGACGGUGAAGAAAAAAGAGAAGGAUGGGAGUUAUUUCAGGUGGAAGACAAAGGGGAAAAUGCAAAUAAUUUGAAAUUCUCCAGGGAAAUAUUCUCAUUGGACAAAGAAGAUUACAUGGUCACCGAAGGUUAUGAAUUUGGAUUUCCAAAUUGACGAUGUCCAGAAAAAAUCUUAGAGCAAUUUAAAACAGAAAAGAAUAUUACAAAGGAUAUACUGGCCUCUAGGCCCAGGUUUUGCUGCCGCCUACUGCAGAGAAAAGCUAGGCAUCUCUUCUUGACUGCUUUUGCUCUUCUACCUUCACCCUCCAUGCAUGGGUAUGGACACAGCUGAAAGAAAGAAAGAAAGAGAAAUAUCGACAACAUUCACAGGUCUAAAUCAUGCUAAGUAUAUAGAAGAAUCUGUCAAACAUCUGUGAGAGGCUUUUUCACAUAAAAGGAGCCUUUGCAUGAAAUGCGUAGAAAGGAGGCACCAAAGGAUAUCCUCGGCAUAUGCUAUGUCUUAAACAACUUAUCCCAUUGGUAGAUCUCUUAAAGAAGAUCCUAUAAAUCUCUUGCUACACCCUUCAUCUAAAACCAAGAGCUAGUAGCUAGGCACGCAGUUUAAACCUUUAUUUAUUUAUUUUUUUGGUGCCACAAGACAAUGAAAAUUAUCACUAAGUGAACUAGUUGUAGGGCUUCUCUCCUGUUGGCAGGUUAUGUUUGUAGACGAUAAAUCAAGAUCUAAUUCUUGUAUUCAACGAUAACCCGCCAAAGGAGAGUUGCCCUUUAACUGAUUCAACUUAAUAAAUCUCCCAACGCCCUAUGUUCAUAGCUCAUUCGAAAGGUAUGAUAUUUUCAUUUUUAAUGUGUGGUUUUUGUUCUGAUUAGCUAGGAUCUAUGGUCUCUAGGAGAGUAAAUUUGCCUUAUGUUCUUCUGUAUGACACAUGAUUAUAAUCUUCAUUUUUCAGCAGUAUGGAAAUAUAUCUUCAUAUCAGUUCAUCUGUUAAUCUUCAAGUAAGAGUUCACAUGUCAUGCUUUGCCAACAUUUUUGGGGAUGCCAUAAUCUAUAUCACUGUUUUUCUGUGAUUUUUAACUUGUGCUUCAAAGGAGUACUAAAAACUCUAAGCGAGAUUAGGAAUAUAUAUAGUUGUCUUCAUAUGUAUAACAAAUUUUGGAUUGAUAAUGGAUUCUACUAGUCUUACAUUUUGAACAUCCACUGAUUUUUACUUACAAGAAAUAGCAACCAAAUUAACUUGAC